CGGACGGCGUGCACUGUGCAGACAGUCUACACCGGGCUCUCCUCCAUGAGCUAGCCUCGUUGCCCUCCUCAGUGAUACCCCUUUUCAGCUUCACAUCAUCUUCUAUCUGUAUCUGUGCCACUCUCUCCCUGUGCUAGCGCUCCUUCCACUUGGCUUCCCGCAUUAGGUUAAUAAAAGUCGUCGCUGAAACCUUCGAGUGCUAGAGGCUCAUGGGCAACAACCCCAGCCGCCCCGGAGGUUUUGAUACCCGCCAACGCUCUCUUUCGGAUCCAGCCUACCGGAAUCGCACUCGCGCAUACACUACCCGUGGUAGGAGAGACAAAUACGAUAGGGACUACGACCGCUACGAUGACGAUGACCCUGAAGAGUAUCCCUCGGAGAUGUCAUACGGAGCCGCAGGAUUCCCUCAGAUGCCCUACGGUCAAGGUGCCUACGGCAAUCCAUACAUGCCCGUCAACCAAAUGGCGUUCCCUCAGCCCCAGAUGCCGAAUGGCAUGGCACCAGUCAUUCCUGGCAUGAAUGGCGCAGUUCCUACUGCGGGCAAUCCGUUCCCCUCAGGGCCUAUGAACAUGAAUAUGGGUCCGGGUAUGCCCUCCCCUCAGUUCCAUGCGCCGCCGCCCGGCCAAAUGAACGGCGGCGUAGAAGCUCCCGUCAUCCCUCCUCUACCCUCGUCUCGCCGGGGUCGAGCUGGCACACCUUUCGUCCCCCCUGGUCAAGUAUGGCCGCCUUCACCUUCAGAAGAUGAAGACGAUCUGACAUCCGAGGCGCGUGCCCGGCUGCAACCUCCCCUUGCCCCAGGUCAGUACGGCCCGUUCGACCCUGUUCGGGAUCGCAAUCGCACUCCCCAGCCGAUCCUGCAACGUGACGGUCGGAGACACCGACGGGCAGGAUCGUCUCCCAUGUUCUCUCGCGACGAGCCCCCGUUCGACGACUCUGGCCAGCGUCCCGUGAUCCCUCCUAACUUUACAGGCGGUCCGCCUUUCCCGCACCAUCCUGGUGCACAGCCCAUGAUGGGCGGCUGGCCCGCACAACCGGAGAUGAACAUGGGCGUACAUCAACAGCCAGUCGAACCUGAGCAGCCGUCGUACCGACCGCGACCGUUCGAGCCCAUCCAACGGAGUCACAAUCCGCUGCCUGCUCCUCCUCGGGACAUUCUACACUCCUCGCCGUACGCAAGACUUCUUGAUGAGCUCCGGAGACCGAUCGACGAGCAUGCGCUGAAGGCGAGAAUCGGCGCGGCCCCGGCGAUACACACCAUCGGCGCUGUGAGCAUCCCGCAGCCUGGACAUCACCAAGGCACGCGCUCCAGUAGGGAGAGAAAGAAGAAGGGCGGUCUGCUUCGCUCGCUCAGCAAUCGUCUCGGCGGGGGUUCUUCGCGCAGGUCCGAGGACGCGUCCGACAGUGCGUCGCCGCCGCAAGUGUUUGCAGGAGGUCAGUCGAUAACUGUAUAUCCCACCGUUGAGCACAUGCCGGACGGUAGCGUGAACCUCGUAUAUCAGCCUCCAGCAGUAGGCGCCAACGGCGUCGCUGCCCCUCCAGCCUCAGCGCCUCCCGUAAUUCCCCCACCUGGGUCUGUUAUGCCUGGCUACGUGCCGAAUGCGACACCAGGGAACGCGGCAUACGGCAUGAACGGUGCGAUGCAUCCUGGACCGAUGCCAACUCCUAUGCCCGCUAUGGAUCAGCAUCGGCGGACGCCGACUCCGGUUCCGACGCCCCCUCCGCCCAGAGUACGUAUCGAGCGCAACGGUGAGCUCGCAGCGCUGCUUCCCUUCUCGCCGCAUAAGGUGGGGUACCAGCACCGAUCGUACCCGACGGCGCAACACUUGUUCGAGGCGUUGAAAUUCCUGCCGCACCGCCCCGACUUCGCGGAGAGCGUCAGAGGUCGCGGGACGGCGGAGGAGGCCUUCGCUGUCGCGGAGGGCAUGAGGGACUAUUGGAGAUCUGAUUGGGAGGAUAUCAAGCUCGAGAUGCUGGAGGAGGUGCUGUACCACAAAUUCGUGCAGCACCCGACGUUGCGUCAGAUGCUGAUGUCGACGGGCGGGGCGGACCUCGUAUUCUUCGACGAGGACACGACCCUGGGCGACGGCAAGAUCGACCAGGGCAUGAACCUGCUUGGGCGCGCGCUCAUGCAGGUGAGGAGGCGUCUACGGGAGGAGGGCUUCGACUAGCCGUGGGCGUCGACACCCACAACUGACGACCAAACCGACGGUCUACUCACUACCACUGCGAUAUCUCACCACUGCGAUACCUACACACCCUAUAUGCGACACAACACCCCCACACGUCUAUCCUGCUUGUCUUUCUAGAUUUCCUAUCUUCGUUCACGACGUCGCCAUGCUCAGUUGCUCACGCCAUGCUACUUGCUAAACGCUCUCGGUUCUGCUUUCGUUCCGCAUCCCGUAUUUCAUGCCGUGCGCCCUACUAAACGUUAUGCUAUUUAC